CUCUCAGCCUCUGUACCUCCUUCUGAGCCCCUCCUCUCGUGUUGACAUGGUUUCAUUUGAAUGUCUCUCUAAAUACACAGCUUUUGCCACUUGAGAUCUCAGUUGUAGUUGUGAUCUGUUAGCAUGCUCAUCUGACCCUGCAGCUGACAGGUAAAUUAGCUGCUGCGUUCUGGACUUCUCUGCGCACAUGAACAGAAGGGAAGAAGAGGGGAAAAGCACAGGCUUGUGGAUGUUCAAGACUUUGAUUACAGCUUUCUGAGUAUUUUGGCUCUGUCUAGUUUGAACUGCUUGUUAAUGAUUAGCAUUUAAGUGGAUAAGGAAGGACUUUCCUGAGAAGUAGUACAGAAGAACAUGAAUUUUCAUUUAGUUUGUAUUGUGUAUUGAGAUAUUACCCAGUGCAAAUCACACAUAUUCGUGAAUUAAAAAAAAAAAAACCUUAUUAAGUAGCGAAUGGCUCAUUUGUGUUAAACUUAUUCUUUUAUUAAAAUUAAACAAUGAGGGACAGACUCUAUUCUGGACAGUUCAAGGAACAAAGAAUACAGGACAUAAAGGCAUCUUGACCAGCAGACAACUUUCUGAAUUUCAUGUUUUGGAAUUUUUUGUGGCCAAUCAAAAGUUUGUAAGGACAUUUUUAUUGACAAAUCAACAUCUAAUGGAAGGACAGCAUAACUUGGUACCAUCCUUAUCCUCCCUACUUGCACUGCAGUUGUUUCUGCUUCUUCUGCCACUGACAGAAAGUGUGACCGUAGUGCCAUGGAAACCCUGUACAGAUCUCCAUCCAGUGGACCUGUUGUCUCGAGUGCUACCCCGUAACAGAGAGGCUCUGGCUGGGGUCCGUAUGGCGCAGGAGGGAGGUGCUCGUGGGGUCCAGUUCUUCAGACCUACACAAGCACUCACCUUUCCAUCGUCUCAGCUCUUCAUUAACUGCCCUCUCUUCCCUGCAGAAUUCUCCAUAGUGGCCACUGUAAAAGUGCCUGACACCAGAAUGAAGAGGAAUGAGUACUUGUUCGCUGUGGUGAAGGAGGAUGCCAAUCAACUCCUGCUUGGCCUGCGUUUCUCUAAAGAGAAAGUCCAUCUCAUCUAUCAGGGCUCAAUGGGGAGGGAACGUCUCAGCUUUAAAAGAAUCCACCUGGUGGACAACCGCUGGCACAGCAUGGUGUUGGCCGUCAGUGGUCACCAUGCCACCCUCACUCUGGACUGCGGCGUCCCUCUGGAACUGGUCCAUAAACAGCCAUUUCCCUCUGAUCUCAGCACCGAUGGAUCCAGGUUCCACAUUGGAAGUCGAAGGAAGUGGAAAGGCCUGUUCUCUGGUUUACUACGCCAGCUUUUCCUUUUGCCCGGACCAGACGCAACGCCACGUGUUUGUCCCUCUUCCAAACCAUCACUGGUUGAGCUUUCUGUCCCUACAUUCCUGUCAAACUUGCCAGUGAAAUCCCAAAUGAAUGAUGUCUUGCUCCCUCCAUAUGAGAUGGAGGUCCGUGUGACUCUGGGGUCUAAACCAGCAUGCACUGCGGCAGAACUGGGACAACUCUGGUUUGACACUCUUAAAAGAGGCCUUUUCCUAUGUGAUGGUGCAUACUGGCACUCUAUGUUGCAAGAGGAAGACAGACUAGACUAUGUAGACGAUUACCAGGACCUCUACACUACCUCAGAGACUUUGGACAUUGAGCUCUUCCAGAUCCCCUCUGUUGGGCUGUUUGCUGCAAUGGCUCAUCGGGCUAACAAACCGGGCUCUGCCAUCUACCGCUGGAACCACGGCCACUUCCAGCUCUACCAGAACAUCAGCACCUUUAAAGCCCAGGCAUGGAAGCAAUUCACUGUAGGGCGGAAGAUGUUCUUGGCGGUGUCGAACUCCGUGGGCCCAGUGGACGGAGAACGAGAGCUGUCUGUGAUCUAUCGGUGGAGAAAUAAGAGGCUGAAGUUUGUGCGUUAUCAGACCCUGGAGACGCACAGCGCUCGUGACUGGGAGGCCUUUCAUAUUAAUAAUGAAGCUUUUUUAGCUGUGGCUAAUCACAGAACAGAGAAUGGCAAUCACAACAUUGACAGCGUUGUUUAUAAGUGGAACCCAGGCACCAAGACGUUUGAGGUGAACCAAACCAUCUCGACAUCAGGAGCUUAUGACUGGGAAUUUUUCACCGUAGGGCCCUACCACUUCCUAGCAGUGGCCAAUGCAUUUGAUGGCACCUCCACCCAAACAGAUUCAUCCAUCUACAUCUGGCUUGGUGGAGCCUUUCAGCUUUUUCAGACUAUAAGGACAUUUGGGGCUACAGACUGGGAGAUGUUUCAGAUUGGAAACAGAGUCUUCCUAGUUGUUGCUAAUGGACACAUGCUGUGUGAGAGAGGACCAAGCCUUUAUACCAUCAACUCAACUAUAUAUGAACUUGAUAUGACAACCAAGAUGUUCCUCAAAUUCCAAGACAUUGUAACAUACAGUGCGGUGGAUUGGGAAUUAUUUUCUGUUGGAGAUGAGCACUUCUUAGUCGUAGCCAACUCUUAUGAUGGAUCAUCUUACUCUUUGAACAGUGUUAUAUACAGAUGGCAGGGAUAUGAGGGCUUUGUUCCUGUCCAUCGGUUGCCUACUAUUGGAUGCAGUGACUGGGAGUUCUUUACCUCAGCAGAGGGUCCAUACCUGAUGUACUCCAGUGCCAAAGCACCUCUCUCCAAAGUCUUCAAGCUGAGGAUCCACUGAGGGCACAAACAAUAGUUCAGUUUUUGCUUA